GGAACGGAUCGGAGCGGUAUACUGCUGGAGGAGAUGAAGACAGGAGGAGAAACGGAGAAGAGUCGAGCGAAAAAUGUGUACUGGCCCUUUAAGGAACAUUAAAAUCCAUCGGAGUGUCGUAUCAGCCCCUUGAGAGAAUCGAAUCAGUAGCGUUCCUCCUUCAGUUAGAUAGGGACCAUACCUCAGCGGUAUUGACCCGCUACGCAGUUCACUGUACGGGAAGAGACGACAACUUUAGACACACACACACAAGUCCAGACGCAUGGGGUAGGAUUAACAACACAGCUAAUCAUGAGAGACAACUGGAUUCUAGUUAUCUUGCAGUGUCUGUUGUUUCCGCUGACAGGUUGGUCCAAUCCCGUCAUCUUCCCCAGUGGACCUCACCUGGUGGUUCCGAAAGGCGGUGCUCUGGAACUCCGCUGCCAUGACAACAACACCAACACUCCAUCCACUGUUGUUUCACGGGGGUUGAGGUGGCAGAGAGAGAGGGGCAGGCGGCUGGAGGGGGAGGUAGAGGAGGGAGGAGGGGUAGUGUUUGUUAGGGUGCAGUCUGCCCAGGGAUAUCACAUGGGACGAUACACCUGUAUCAACAACAACACCAAGGAGCACUCCUCCAUCUACGUCUUUGUGAAAGACCCCCAGAGUCCGUUUCAGCGUUCUAUGGUGAACGGCAUUCUGGUCCGCGUCGGGGAGAACCUGACUUUACCAUGCCUGGUCACCGACCCUGAUGUGACCCCCGUGACCUUACAGACCUGUGACUUACAACCUUUACCCUCCGAUCUCCAUUACCACUCCGACCCCCAGCGCGGGGUCAUCAUCGGCAACGCCAGGAAGGAGUACGAGGGUUGCUACAUAUGCUUUGGCGAGCUGGCAGGUGCCACCGUGAGGUCGAGCCAGUAUACUGUGGACGUACGGCUCGUCCCUGAGCAGCCUCCAGUGAUCAGUCUGUCCCAGAGAGAGAGGGUGAUCCUGAGGAGAGGAGAGCAGUUUGAGAUCACCUGCAGCUCCUCCAACCUCAACCCUGACUUCAGCAUUAAGUGGGACUUCCCUGUUGGAGCGCGUGCCUUCCAGGCCCACACCUCCCACAUCCUGGCUGGUUCCCGUGGUUACCAACGCUCCACCUCCCUCUGGAUCACCUCUGUCAACCAAUCAGACGCCGGGACAUACCGAUGCCACGCCCAAAACGAGAGGGGCGCCACCACCGAUACCCUGCACCUGGAUGUCCGUGAGCGAGGCUUCAUCAGUGUGCUGGGUGACUCCCGGCCUAGCCAGUCUGCUGUCAGAGAAGGGGAGAGCCUAAGCCUCAGGGUAGAGUUGGAGUCCUACCCCAGACCAGGCACUCUGUCCUGGGCUUACAACGGCAAGAUCCUCCAAAACACCACGGAGCACGUCAUCACUGUGCGACGACACCGAUACAGGUACACCAGUGAGCUGCGUUUGGUGAGGGUCCAUGGGUCAGAGAGCGGGAUCUAUACCUUCCUAGUCAAUCAUGAGGACGCCUCUGUCAAUCAAUCAUUCCCUGUCUAUGUGAACAGUAAGCCUGUCAUCAUUUCCCAGGAGGGACCAGUUGAUGGACAGGUGCGCUGCGUUGCCACCGGUUACCCGACCCCUAAAAUCAGCUGGUUCUACUGUGAACUCCCCCACACACGGUGUUCCCACCUGACCAACGCCAGCCAACGGGAGCAGCGGGAGGUUGCCACGGUAACGGUAUCAGACUCGGCCUUCGGCAGCAGCGAGGUGGAGAGCCGACUGAACGUCACGAAGGGAGACGCACACACACACUUCCACACGUUGGAGUGUGUAGCGACCGCGCAGGGCGAGCAGGCUUACACACUGUUCUCCAUCAGCGAGCGCACUGUGCCCCAUAAGCUCUUCACCCCCCUGCUGACUGGUGUGGUUGUUACAGCUGUGGUACUGAGCAUCACACUGGUGGUUCUCCUCUACAAAUACCUUCAGAAGCCCAAGUUCCAGAUCCAGUGGAAGGUGAUCGACAGUAUCCACGGCAACAACUACAUCUACGUCGACCCCACCCAGCUGCCCUACGACGCCAAGUGGGAAUUUCCCAGGCAGAAACUACGCUUUGGUAAGACUCUGGGUUCAGGGGCCUUCGGUAAGGUGGUGAGAGCUACAGCCUAUGGACUCUGUUCUGCUGACUCCGUCAUGACUGUCGCUGUCAAGAUGCUCAAACCGAGCGCCCACUCCACCGAGAAGGAGGCUCUGAUGUCGGAGCUGAAGGUUCUCAGUUACCUUGGCAACCACGUCAACAUCGUCAACCUGCUGGGAGCUUGCACUGUGGGAGGGCCGACGCUGGUGAUCACGGAGUACUGUUGCUAUGGAGAUCUGCUCAACUUUCUGCGUAGGAAGAGAGAGACGUUCUUCAGCGCCCAGGCUGCUGAUGGGUACUACCGCAACAUCAACAACCCCGAGAACCAC